CUUUUGUACAGUUUGUUUGAAUUAAUGAUUAAAAUACACUUCUUCGCGCCCCGCGUUCCGUCGUGCUGAUUUCUGGCUGUGCUGCUUCUGCGUGUGUACGGUGCCGUCCAGUCUGCUUGAAAAUCGGAUAGUAUAUUCGGAAUUAUUAUCGAACGUCUAUUUCCAUUGUGCUCGACGUGUGUCACAGGUAUAGCGCAACCUACGACUCGAACUCGACUGUGAUUAAACUGUGAGUUGACCCUCUCCAACUUUUUGCCUUUUAUUAAGGGGUUGAAACCUUCCUAGUAUUUUUCGACCACUACAUAAAUUGGUGACCCUGCCUUAUUUUUUUUGAACACGUAUUUUUUCUUAGUCAUGUCUGACCAGACCCCAUGUGUUUUUACGGACAAUUCCGUCGAACUCUCGCUUCCUAACUUUGACAUUUCCAAUCCACGCGUAUGGUUUAUUCAGGUGGAAGCCACUUUUCGAUGUCGUAAGAUCACUUCACAGUCUUCCAUGUUCUCUUACGUCGUCUCGCGCUUACCUGUCUCCAUUGCAUCUGAAGUCAUUGAUAUUCUUGACCCUAUGCCUGUUGAAUCGCCGUAUGAUAAACUUAAAGCAGCUAUCCUUAAACGCACAACUGCGUCUGAUGAAGCUCGUCUGCAACAGUUACUUUCCGGCGUCGAGCUUGGCGAUCGCACCCCAUCCCAGCUUCUAAGGCACAUGCGUUCCCUAGUUGGUUCGUCGAAACUCGACGAUUCCAUACUCCGCCAACUUUGGACCAAAUGUCUUCCGGCAAACAUCACAGCGAUAUUAUCAGUUCUUAGCGACGAUAUCACGCUGGAGAAGCUCGCAGAAGCUGCGGACAAAACGCACGAAUGUUUCUUUAAGAGUACUCUUAAUCAUCUAACUGAGUCCACCACAGCCAGCUCAUCCCCUAGCACUACGCUUGAUUCGAUAAAUGAUAGAAUAUCCCGUCUAGAACUCAGCAUGUCUGCUAUUCGACGUGAACGCACUACCAGCCGAAGAAGUCCUCGUGAUCCGCGCCGCAGCACAUCACGCUCACGUCAGCGGUCGUACUGUUAUUUCCACCGUCGCUUCGGUAAAUCAGCACGUAACUGUCGCCCAGGAUGCAAAUAUCCGAAAGGAACUUCGAUUUCGCAACCGGGAAACGCCAAAGCCAGCCAGUAAUGGCGACGGCUGUCGCUGGCCAAAUCCUCAGUCGCCUUCUGUACGUGUUCGACUCCACGACUAAACUUCAUUUUUUGGUCGAUACGGGCGCAGAAAUCAGCGUUAUACCACGUUCGUUGGAAAAACGCCCUCUGCAACAAGCCGGACUUACGUUACAGGCGGCUAACCAGACCAAGAUCGCGACAUACGGCCAGAAGCUGUUACACCUAAGCCUUGGUUUACGACGCGACUUUCCUUUUAUCUUUACCAUCGCUGAUGUCCAGAAACCCAUACUUGGCAUCGACUUCCUUAGCAAAUUCGGCCUCGUUGUCGACCUACGUUGCAGGAAGUUACGGGACGACAGCACUUCGCUCACUGUCCCUUGCCAUCUCGCCCCAGUCACUUCCGUUGGACUUCGCGUACUCAUGCCAGACUCUACGCCGUAUUCCUCAUUGCUUCAGCAAUUUCCGUCUUUGGUCCGUUCUAAUACCGACUCCACCGAGCCUAAACACGAGGUUCGUCAUCAUAUCGUCACCACAGGUCCACCCGUGUCAGCCAAACCGAGACGUCUUCCACCUGACAAGCUCCAAGCGGCUAAACGCGAAUUCGAGCACAUGCUCAACCUCGGAAUCAUUCGCCCGUCCAACAGUUGUUGGGCUUCUCCGCUUCAUCUUGUACCCAAAAAGUCCGGUGAUUGGCGUCCAUGCGGUGAUUACCGGGCACUCAACGCCGUUACUAUUCCCGACAGAUACCCUAUCCCUCAUAUUCAUGAUUUUUCAUUGGGAUUGUCCGGGAAAUCAGUCUUUUCCAAGAUUGACCUUGUACGAGCGUACCAUCAAAUUCCAAUGGCAUCUGAGGACAUUGCUAAAACUGCCGUUAUCACACCUUUCGGUUUGUACGAGUUCACUCGUAUGCCUUUUGGCCUUCGCAAUGCGGCACAGUCCUUCCAGCGCUUCAUGGACCAGGUCCUCCGUGGUCUAGACUUUGUUUUUGUCUACAUUGACGAUGUUCUCAUAGCCAGUGCCACGCCAGAAGAGCACUUGAAUCACCUCCGACAAGUAUUUGAACGCUUCGACCAUCACGGGAUAACCAUUAAUCCUGAUAAAUGCCUAUUUGGUCAAUCUUCCGUCGAUUUUCUUGGUCACAAAAUCGAUAGCAAAGGCAUUAGUCCCAUCCCUGAGAAAACCCAGGCAAUCAUGGACUAUCCACUGCCCCAAUCCGUUAAAAACCUGCGCCGAUUCCUUGGCAUGGUUAAUUAUUACGGAAGAUUCAUUGACAAUUGUGCUGCUGUUCUUCAGCCUUUGACUGAUUUACUUAAAGGUAAUCCAAAGAAGUUCAUCAUUACUCCAGAAGCCGAAACAGCGUUUGUUGCCAUCAAGCAGAAGUUAAGCCAGGUAACUUCCCUGAGCUACUUGGACACCGACGAGAAAGCCACUCUCGUUCUCAAGACUGAUGCCUCACAAUCCGCUGUCGGUGCUGUACUUCAACAACUAAUUGGCAAUGAGAUUCAGCCGUUGUCUUUCUUUUCUCGGAAGCUACAACCAGCACAAACGAGGUACAGUACUUUCGGUCGCGAACUUCUCGCGAUGUACUUGGCCGUCAAGCACUUUCGUCACGUCCUUGAAGGACGACGUUUUGUAAUUCUGACGGACCACAAGCCGUUGGUCUACGCUUUUCGCGCCGCUUCCGAUCGCUAUUCUCCGAGAGAGACACGACAUCUGGAUUACCUCUCACAAUUUUGUGUCGACAUUCGCUACCUCGAUGGUCCAAAUAAUGUUGUCGCUGAUGCACUUUCACGUGCUCACAUACAUCAACUGUCGUCCUCACCAAUAGACCUUGAGGAAAUGUCUGUUGCCCAGAACAACGAUCCUGAACUCGCUCAGCUUCGAUCGAAUACCACAUUGAAAUUCUUGCAAUUACCAAUUUUAAACUCAGACGCAAGGAUUCACUGCGAUGUCUCCACCGGUAAGCCAAGACCGUUUGUUCCACAGUCUUUCCGGCGAACCGUCUUUGACCAUUUUCACGGACUAUCGCAUCCUAGCAUUCGAUCUACUGUGAAGUUGAUUACUGAUCGUUUCAUCUGGCCUAGUAUGCGCUCUGAUAUCCGCCAAUGGGCUAAACACUGUCUCAGCUGCCAGAGCAGCAAAGUACACAGACACACUAUUUCUGCCCCCGGAACAUUCUCACUACCUGAGGCACGUUUUAGACAUGUCCACCUAGACAUAGUCGGACCGCUUCCUCCGUCGAACAAUUUCACUUUCAUUUUGACUUGUGUUGAUCGUUUUACUCGUUGGCCGCACGCCAUUCCUUUACGUGACAUAUCUUCAGAAUCUGUUGCCCGUGCAUUUUUCGAUUCAUGGAUUUCCUUUUUCGGUGUACCAUCUACGAUCACUACAGAUCGAGGAUCUCAGUUUAGUUCCACCUUGUUCCGUGACUUGAAUCGUCUGUUGGGUUGUACCCACAUUCGAACAACUGCUUAUCAUCCCGCUUCGAAUGGCCUUGUCGAGCGUUUCCAUCGACAGCUUAAAGCCGCCAUCACAGCUAAUUCACCUGAUCCACAUUGGUCUGAACGCAUCCCAGCUGUCCUUCUUGGUAUCCGUAAUACCGUCAAAGAGGAUAUUGGAUGCAGCCCUGCCGAACUCGUCUUUGGCACCACUCUCAGACUUCCAGGUGAGAUGAUUUUGGAUUCCCGAGUCACUGGUGAGAUAGAUCCUGUGUCCUACGCCGAACGUCUCAAACAACACUUCCGAACAGUUCGACCUACGUCUACUCGCUUCACUGCCCGCGAACAACGAAUUCAUCCGGACUUACACACUUGUCCUUUUGUUUUCAUUCGCAUUGAUGCAGUUCGCAAGCCGUUGACACCCCCUUAUGAAGGUCCUUUCAAAGUGUUGUCACGGAAACCUAAAUACUUCAUACUGGAAAGGAAUGGAUCGAAAGAAUCUGUGAGUAUUGACCGUCUUAAACCCGCUUAUGUUGAGCCUGCCGUUACUUUGACGGAUCCCAAGUCGUUACCCCCUGUUGGUCAACCGACCGCUUCCAAUGCUCCAGAACCUUCAUGCGCUCGCCCAACGAAUGAUCCCAAACACACACGUUCAGGACGUUCUGUGUCUUUCCCCUCCAAACUAGCUGAGUUUGUUCCCUAAAUAGCUAUAUCGAGCGUUACCUUACCAGUUCACGCUCUACGGGGGAGUUAUGUAGUGGUUAUUAAUCUUUUGCAUUUUGUCUUUCUUGUCAUCCAUUUUAUCAUGACAUCUUUUGUACAGUUUGUUUGAAUUAAUGAUUACAAUACACUUCUUCGCGCCCCGCGUUCCGUCGUGCUGAUUUCUGGCUGUGCUGCUUCUGCGUGUGUACGGUGCCGUCCAGUCUGCUUGAAAAUCGGAUAGUAUAUUCGGAAUUAUUAUCGAACGUCUAUUUCCAUUGUGCUCGACGUGUGUCACAGGUAUAGCGCAACCUACGACUCGAACUCGACUGUGAUUAAACUGUGAGUUG